AUGAAUCCGGUACGGGCGAAAUUGAAGCACAACGUCAUUGUCAAGGACGUUUCCACCGACGAUGAGGAUGGUCCGCGGUAUAUGCCAUACUCAAAGGGCAGAAAAUUCUACAGUCAUGACACCCAAAACGACAUAUCGGGACCUUACAACACCACACGCAUCGGCAUUCAGAACCUGGCUGAACGCCCCGUUGCUUCCAGAGGUGUCCUGCUCGACUGGGCGGACUAUGCCGCCGAAAAGAUUAUUUCUUACAAUGCAUUCGACAGUUUUGAGAUCCCCUACACAGAUCUGCAGAUAAUUGCCGACUCACAUGACAUCAAGUUUCAGGAGGGCGACAUUUUGCUCAUUCGUAGCGGCUACCAGCUUCAGUAUGAGGCGCUCAGCGAGACGGAAAGUGACCAAAACUUCGCAAGCCCAUACAGUCCACAUGGACAAAAUGCCGGUCCCGUUGUCAAGCUCAGUCUAUAUCACUUGAUGGAGAUCGACGAUCCGACUGACCUAACCAUCUUUCCGAUCAAGUCAUCUACAGUCGGCGCAGGCACCUUUGUGGAGGACGACAACUUUGGCAAGCAGUUCUUCAAAAUUGACAACGUUCUGAAUAUCUCCCCGGAAGAAAUCAAGACCAAAUCAGUUCCGACCGGUCCUGCUAUAAUGAGAGACGUGGCAAGCGUUGUGCGGCCCAAAACCAGCGGACCUUUUGAGUUGACGUUUGACAAUAUGUGUGACGAUGAGAACCACUAUCAGCGUGUCAAGAGGGCCAAUCUUCUUAUCAACGAGACCAUCAAAAAGUUAUAUUAG